ACAAACAAACACUUAGGCCGUUAAGACUCCACAGGCCGACCCGAAACUCCGUUCCCGACCCGAAUAGACAAACAGUACCCAGAGUACGCUAAAUCCAAAGCAAAAGCCCCAAGAAAAAGCUCAUUGUCAUCUUCAUUCAGCUCUAUAAUCCCCUCAGUCAGAGAAAGAGAGUUGGUGAUCGGAGCAAAUGGGAGGAGGCGAGCAUGCGCACGGCGGAGACUUCAGGGCGAAGGUGUGGAGCAUGAGCGGUGGGCCCUACUGCAGGCCCAAGCACUGGAAGCGCAACACGGCCUUCGCCAUGUUCGGAGUCUUCCUCAUCUGCAUUCCUAUCGCCAUGAAAUCUGCCGAGCUCGAGGUUCCGUUGUGAUUUGUGGGGAAUGGAGUGCUGAUCUGGAGUUGUCAGUAUUUUAUCAUUGUCAUCUUGUUCUGGGGCUUUAGGCUUGUCAACUUGUUACUGACAGGGUCUUGCUCUACAAUAUACUGUAGCAUCGAGCAAACAGAUGAGUUUUUGUUAAUGUAGUGACUGAAAUCUUGAAAUAGAUGAACAACUAAAAUUUGGUGGUAGCAGCCAAUCAAAAAUUGGAAUUUGAAUAAUGUUUUGAAAUAGAAUUUAGAAGAUGCUGGUAUAUAGAAUUCCCAUGAAGUGAUGAUGCUCUAACCUGGAGGUCGUACCCAUUAUACCCUGCGGUUAAGAUCAUCUGGAGGACGGACUUUGCUCCCUAGUUGUUGUACUUUUCAUUUGAAGAUAAAAUCUUUUGCCAUCUCAAAUGCUUUCAAUAUCUACAACAAGCUACCAGUGUCAGAAACUUUAAUACUAGAAAUGGUUUUACUUUUGGGUAGUGCUUUUCGCAUUCUCUAUUACUCCUCACACUCCCUUUCAUUUUUACUAAUUUGCAAUGUUGUGUAUGUUUUUCAUUCUUUUCAUUUCAAAACUACACGGACCCCUUACUAUCAUCACUACUGCUUUCCCAAGGUUUGAAGUCCAGAACCAUCUACCUCUCCACCUAAGCUGGUGUACUCCACAACGCCCUGUUACCCAAACCCUCAAAGCAGCGGAGUCUUCUCCUUCCCACCCUGCUCACAGACCCCAGCACUGAUAACGACUAAUGUUAACAGUUACGGUGCUCUUGCAGCUCCUUAGCGGCCAUCCGUCCGACCUGAAUUGGGUGGCUCACACAUAACCCCAUUCAGCGGCCGCAGGUGCAUAAAAGGAACCAUGCCAGGCAUUGUGGUGGAAUGUCAUGGAUGAAUGGGCAACUUUGAAAGACAUUAUUGACAAUUGAAAUAUCGAUUAGGCAACUAGUCUGUGUCCAUGAUUUCCAGAAAGACUUGGAAUUGGGUUUUUUUGGGACCUUAUCUGUUUGAAAAGUUACUUUUGGUUUUGCGAGUUUGGUGUAGGAUGAUUGAUUUUUAAGGAUUGGAGUGGGACUGUUUUGAGCUGGUAAUGCUGUAUGACUUAUCAGACUGAGAAUUUUGGAUGUCAAAAGAUGAAACACUUUGGAGCUAAAACUGAGUAUGUGCAAAAUCAAAAAUAUAAUUUAGGGCUUUUAGGCUGCAAGUAAAUUUCUCUGAAGGGGUGGUUGAAUUUCAGAUCUCAACUCAUUCAGGGGUGAGGUGUGAAGAGAUAUUUUAAGGAUGAGCUUUAGAAACCCAUAUGAUCAAAUAAGAAACCAUUUAUCAAUUCAUGAUGAGUUUCGAUGCCCUGUUUAUGUAAAGGACGUCGUACCAAUCAUCCUUGCUUUGUCCAAGACAUGGAUAUCAGAGGCUAAGCAUAGAAAAUCGCUACUGAAUGUUGGUGGACCAGACAGGUUAUCCCGUGUUCAAAUGGCUGAGACGGUUGCUGAUAUAAGGGGAUACAACCUCUCAUUAAUUAAAUCUGUAUCUGCAUCAUCGGUUGAUCACGGAGUUGUGUCUCCUGCUGACAUAUCCAUGGAUAUAUCUAAGCUAGUUCAGACGCCUGGUAUUUCUCCAAUUUCAUUUGGAAAUGGUGUCAGAUUGACGCUUGAAUUGUGACCGGUGACCAAGUCUUGAUGCCAUGAAGGUCUUGUAAAUUGCUUCAUUAUUGUAAUACCGAGGAAUACUCAUCAUUUUCACCGAUACUUAUUGAUUGGCGUAAAAAUGUUGUUAAAAAGUGUGUUCUAGAGAGACUUAUCUUUUAUCCCAAGAAGCAUGAAAUUUCUA